GUUUGUUCCUAUCAUUUGGACAUAUUUUAAAUGGGUUUUGUUGUUGUUUGUUUCUAAUAACCAUGAAGUUUUUAUUGUAAUUGUCAGAAAAACUAUGAAAGCUGAGGAUAACAAGUUUGGUAUUGUGUGAGGAACUUUUAAAUUAAUGGUUUAUCAUCAGGAAUAUGAACAGUCUCUCUUUAAUUUUCCUUUUCCACGUGUUAACUGGAAUUCAUGGAAAAGAAAAUUGGCAUUGCAAAGAUUACAUAGACAUGGACAAGUUGUUUUCGUGCCUUUACAAAUACAAUCAUAAAAAGUUACAGUGUAUAGAAAUUGUAAAGAUGGCGAUUUAUGGUGCCAUGAAUAAAACUUUAACUGAUGGAUGUUUGGUGAAACAGUCAAAGCUUUUAUGUACAGACGGUGACGGAAACAACAAAUGUAAGAAAAAGGAAUGCAGACAAGUAUUGUCGUUUGCCAAAGAAAGUGUACGCAAUCAGCAGAAUCUGAAAGCAAAGGAAAAAGAUUCACAAAACUGCGAUGAUGAUACAGGCAGCCAAACAGACAAUAUAGACAAUAGUAUGAAUGGAAAUGAAAAUGAAAGAAGGAAUGACAAAAACAACAAAAGGAAAAACGGAAAAGAAAAAUUAUUCAAACUUGGAGCAAUAGUUGGCAUCUCAGUUGGAAUAACAGGCACAAUCAUAUUAAUUUUUACUAUACUCAUUACUAUUUUUGUAUGCAGACAAAGAUCAAAGAAAAAGAGAAAGCAACAGACAAGACAACUGUCUAUCAAUCAAAGACUUGAGAUCGAAAAUUAUGAAAGUGGUGCAUUCAGUACAGACAAGGGAGGAUACAAUGUUCUUUCUACUAACAAACCUUUAAAUGCUGACGAAGCACAAGGCGAAUACUUUGUUCUCGAUCCCUUCAUUACAAAAUAUGAUAAAAACUUGAGCAACCGGAAACUACCAGAAAUUACAAGGUUCAGUGGUGCAGAGGGUGACGAGAAUGUUUACUACGAGAUUGAUGAAGAUAAAAUCAAAUCCUCGACAGAUAUGGGGGGAGUUGACCAGAAGAAAAUAGAAGUUAUUAAUAAAGGUUCUUACCAUAGUGACCAGACAAGAUAUGAAGUCCAAUUAGGAUCAAUAAAAAAGAAGAGGGAACAACUGACAAAACAACAGUCUGUAGACCAAAGAAGUGAGAUUGCAAGUCUUGAAAGUAAUCCUUUCAGUACAAAUAAUGAUACAAAUACUAUUCUUUUUGCCUACGAAUCUUUAGAUACUGACAAGCCACAAGGCGAGUACUUUGUUCUUGAACCCUCCAUAACGAAAUAUGACAAAGACUUGAGCAGCCUGGUCUUACCAGAGAUCAAAAGGAGCAGUGUUGCCCAGGGUGACGAGAGAGUUAAUGAAAUUGAUGAAGAUGAACUCCAACCCCGGACAGAUAUGGAAGGCGUUCGCAAGAAGCCAAUAGAAGAAGUUAAAGAUAAAAUUUCUGACCAUGGUGACCAGAAAAUAUAUGAAAGCCGAGGAUCAACGAAAAAUAAUAGAGAACAACUAAAAAGACCACAGUCUGUUAACCAAAGAACUGAGAAUGCUCAUCUUGAAAACAGUCCAUCCGGUACAAACAAGGGGGGCAACGUUAUUCUUUCUGCGAACGAUUCUUUAGAUACUGACGAGGCGCAAGGCGAGUACUUUGUUCUCGAUCCCUUCGUUACGAAAUAUGAUAAAGACUUGAGCGGCCGGGUCUUACCAGAUGUUAAAAGGUUCAGAGUUGCACAGGGUGAUGAGAACGUUUACAAUGAAAUUUAUGAAGAUACAAUUGAAUCCUCAACAGAUAUGAAUAAAGAUCAAGAGAAGCCGAUAGGAGAAAUUGGGGAUAUAGUCAUUUGCCAUAGUAAUCAGACCAACAAUGAAAUCCAAUUAGGUUUUGACAACACAUCUUACCAUGUAAGAUAAGAAGCGGACGAUGAAAUUUUCUAGGAAACAAAAGUACUGACACAAAUGUAUAUAAGUGUUGAUAUAUAUCAUAUGAAAUUGUUUACUUUAUUUUAUGUCUAUAUUUAGUCUAAGAUUCCUUAAUAUUGUGUGCUUUAACGACAAUCAAGGACCAUUUACAUAUGGUUUGAUUAAAGAAGUAGAAAAUACAUUAGAAAAUCCAAUUUUUUUGGCAGAAUCAUACUGAUUUUUAUCAUUGUCAAACAAAAAUAAUACAAAAAUUUUCCUAUUCUUUAUUUAAGACUUGAUGGUAAAACUUACUAAACAAUCAAUGCUAUUUUUGUAUGCCAAUCUGUUAACUACUGCGUUAAUUUACACAUAAUACAAGAAUAAAAUUACACCAUUUACAUAUAGUGCAAAAUAACUAAAAUAAAACAGAAUUAACCUAAUACGUCUAACACAUAUCGUUUAGAGAUGUAUUUACUAAAAUGGUGAAGUGAUAACGUAAUAUAUACAUUAAACGCAUGAAUUUUUGAAAUGUUUUUGCUAUUCCUAAUAAUUUUUUACAUUAUUUUAUUUAAAUAAAAGAAGUUCAGACAGUGCGACUUUGGAAAACUAUGUAUCGCAAGAUUUUUUAUUGUUUGCCUUUUCUUAUUGUCCUGGUAUUAUCCCGAUUAGCUGCGAAACCGUAGCUAUUAGAUCCUUGUGAUAUUUUAUAUGCGGAAACGUAUACAAAAAAUAGGUAACAGUUUCAAGAAAUGAAUAUUCAAACAUAAUUGGGUACGUCAUACCAUGGCACAAUAUCGAUUGAAACGAACUUUAUAUAUUUACAAGCUUUGCACGGGCGAUAAAUAUUGUAUAGAAUAAGUGCCACCUGAACCUGAGUCGCAAUUCGGUACGUUUGAAAUUAGAAAAAUCCGUAGACAAAUGGUCCGCUUAUUGUCAAAAAAUAUCAUAAGGACCUAAGAGCUACGAUUCCGAAGCUAUACCCUGAUGCCCCAAUAACGAAUCGAUAGCUUUUGCUCAAUACCUCAGUAUUUUCAAGGAACUAUAUCAGGGCCAACAUAAAAAACGGCAUAUAAAGUAUUUAACCUAUUAAGAAAUUAGAAAGAGAAAAUAGAAAAAAAAAGAUGAAAUUAAACUGAUUUAUUCAUUUAUUUCGUUUGUUUUCUUCUUGCUUUUGAAAUUUUUCGUACAAUUGUUCUUUGACAUCUUAGCCAAAAGCACAGGGGAUAAUAAACUACGGACGGAUUUCUAUUGAGUACUAUUUCCUAUGUGCAACUUCAAAUAUUAUGGGUCGUUCGACGAUCAUUUGAGGUUAUUCUGGAUUCUGCUGAGGUAUUGAGCA